AUGCAAGAGGAGCGCAUCUUGGCUUCUGAGUCUCUGGUGGAUGAGCAAGUGGAGUUGAACCAGGAAGAGCGGAUGGAGGUGCAGUGCGUGGGCAUGGAGCAUCUGCGUGAGGUUACGACCUACGAGAACGAGCAAGCGGAGGCGGCCAAUGAGAUCAAGAACAUUCGCAGCUUCCAGCCCACGGAAGCCGAACACAAGUGCCUGCCCUUGCACCUGCGCAACAAGAAGUUGCCAGGCAGAUUCUUCAAAGAUCAUCCAUCAUGGGCAAACCCGCCCCCGUUUCCAGAGCGUCUUGGGGAGAUCGUGGUGGAAGGCGUCCAUCACACCGACAGGACGCCCACUGGGCACCAUGUGGUCCUGGAGCUCGUGGGCUGUACCAGCUGUGAGAACGACAAGACGAAGACGGUGGAAUGGGGCGGCUUGCUGGCCAUCGACGAGUCCGGCAGCUACCGCAAGAUGUAUCGCAAGUCAGGUUCUUUUGGUGGGACCGACAAUUUUGGCGGCACUCAUUACCGCAUGGGUGACCGGGUGCCCAUCGUAGAAGCCCCUGACCGUUACAAGAGUGGACGGACUUAUCCACGUCAGUGGAGCACGAACGGGGUGCCCACAGAGGAUCAGAAGUAUGUCAAGACCAACAAGUAUAAGUACAGCUCCUUCACGUUUGACUCCUCCAUUCUGCCGGACGUUCGCCAGAUGGCGGGGGAGGCAGUGGCCAGCAACGCCAAUGUGGACGCGAAGUUCGUGCAUGAACAUGAGGCAGAGGAGCUGAAAGUGUUAAAGGAGCUCAGAGAACAAGAGAAGCGCAUUCCUUUCAACCACAAGCUGGAGCAAAUGCACAUGCACAUCUACAUCUGUGAGGAGCAGGGAAGCGGUCUGAUUUGUCCAGAGAAGCCUGCUGAAACUCUCAUCGUUCAUGACGGUGCUUUGGCGUUCGACAGUGCCAAGACUGCCACCUUUGAUGAGCUUGGUAAGCACUCAGCGACUUGCACCUAUGGGGAAUGUAUGAAAUCGCCCAGGGGUGUCCAGUUGAAGGACAAAGUGCUUCCGUGGACGAUGUGCACAGGAUGCACCACCGAUCGUCCCUGUGGUACGCACAGCCGUGCAAUUCCGCACAAGUCCUUGGAGCUGCAGAACUAUUUCAACUGCCUGGUCGAACGUGCCUACACCCAAGAUGGUUUUGUGGACUUCCUCCAGCAGCAGGAGGGCACCCUCGAUCCCAAGGCCCGCAUUGGCUCUGGCUUCAUCUUCCGAGGAGCGGAGUCCAAGGGCCACGUGACAGGCCACAUCAACUGGCACCUCUCCGUCCCACGAGGUGGCCACUGCGAGCCCUUCAUGCAGGACGUGGCCUAUGUGGGCAUUGGUGUGGAUGAGUGCGACAAAUGUCCAGGUGGCGAGGUGGAUGUAGACAUUGGCAUGGUGCUCCUCAGUUGCAGCCGUGCAGGCACGAAGGCCCUGGGCGGUGCCGGGAAAUGCAGAUACGUGGACCACAUGAAUUUCGCCCACAAGUCCACUCACAACAGCUACGGAAUCUCAGAAGAUGAUCGCUCAGGCGAGGGCGAAGGGGAUGACGAGUGGGCCUUCCUAAAUCUUGCGGGCUUGAGGACUCGGGGAGUGACGCAUGCCUUGGUGGUCGCCAACAUCUACGGCUGCGCCAGAGGACGUCCCAGCACUCCUAUCGGAUGGCAGGAUCUGGAAGGCGCCUUCCUGCGCGUAGCGGGCUCCUCCGCACACAGCAAGGCCUUUUCCAAUGCGGAGACCAUCGGCUACAUUGACUUAGAUGGGAUGACCGGACCUGCCAAGAACGGAGCAGGACUUGUCAUGUUCUACCUCUCGGAAGAUGGUUCUCUGGCAAAGCCCAGUGAAAUGGUCCGCACGGAUGAUGCCGCACACAGCGGAAGCCACUGGAAGAUGGCGGUGGUGAAGAAGCCAUAUGAGGGACACGUUCUGGAUUCCCAAAAUGCCCUGGCAUCCUUCGGCUUGCAGGUGCUGUCGACGCCAGAGGCUAGCCUCCCGGAGCAGGUCUCCGAAAUGAGUCUCCCUACUGCGCUUGGCACGGAACAGGACACCGGAACAAACACCGCUGAACUGCAGCCUGUGCUCCUGGAUGGCAUGUCUGCGGCCAACGACAUGCACUUAUCCGAUGAGACAGCCCAGGAGCGACAUGCCAAGGAGAUGCCUCCACAAGAGUUGUGGAACAACUUGGCAGCCACGCUGCCUGAAGGCCCCCCUGGCACUGACUCCUUUUGCGCACCGGCUUUGGCAAGUAAAUAG